AUGAAGCCCAACCCCAGAGGCUCCUCCCCAGAGGCCUGCAAAGCCACUGACUGGGCGCCGCAGCAGAAGACUCAGGCCAAACCCACGCAGGCUUCUAGGCAGAAGGUUCUGGUGACAGGAGGAGGAGGCUACCUGGGCUUUAGCCUGGGUUCCAGCCUGGCCAAGAGCGGUGCCUCUGUCGUCCUGCUCGACCUCCGCCGACCCCAGUGGGAGCUUGCUCCAGGGACUGAAUUCAUCCAGGCUGACAUCCGAAACGAAGAAGCCCUCUACCGCGUGUUCAAGGGGGUGGACUGUGUCUUCCACGUAGCCUCCUAUGGAAUGUCCGGUGCUGAGAAGCUGCAAAAAGAGCAGAUUGAGUCUAUAAAUGUUGGAGGCACCAAACUAGUGAUUGAUGUCUGCGUCCGCCGGCGCGUUCCGAGGCUUGUCUACACCAGCACCGUCAAUGUUGCAUUUGGCGGGAAGCCCAUCGAGCAGGGUGAUGAGGACUCCGUGCCAUAUUUCCCGCUGGAGAAGCACAUGGACCACUAUUCCCGAACCAAAGCCAUCGCCGACCAGUUGACCCUGAUGGCCAAUGGAACACCUCUUCCAGGAGGAGGCACUCUGCGGACAUGCGUGCUACGGCCCCCAGGCAUCUAUGGCCCCGAAGAGCAGAGACACCUGCCCCGUGUGGCGAACCACAUCAAGAAGAGGCUGUUCAUGUUCCGAUUUGGGGACUGCAGGGCGCGGAUGAACUGGGUCCAUGUGCACAACCUGGUGCAGGCACACGUGCUGGCGGCGGAGGCCCUCACCGCGGCCAAGGGCUUCGUGGCGAGCGGGCAGGCAUACUACAUCAACGACGGAGAGAGCGUCAACCUCUUCGAGUGGAUGGCUCCGCUGUUUGAGAAGCUGGGGUACAGCCAGCCAUGGAUCCAGGUGCCUACUUCCUGGGUUUACCUGACAGCCACAGUGAUGGAGUAUCUGCACCUGGCCCUCAGGCCCAUCUGCAGCAUCCCACUGCUGCUCACCCGGAGUGAGGUGCGCAGCGUGGCCGUGACGCACACCUUUCAGAUCGCCAAGGCCCGCGCCCAGCUCGGCUACGCGCCGGCCAAGUUCAGCUUCGCCGAAGCCGUGGAACGUUACGUGCGGUCUACGUCCGGACAGCCCCGCGGCUCCACGGCGCGGACGCUCCUGCGUCUACUGCUCGGACUGCUGCUGUUCCUCGGCCUGCUCGCCUUGGCGCUGCACAUCUUGGAACUGCAGCCCCUGGAGGCUGCCGUGGAGCGCCUGUGA